AUGGAACUCGCUUCUCGAAGGCGUAGCAUCGGGCCUGCCACUGGUGACAUGGCCCAUGGGAGCGGAGCAAUUCUACAACGUCUAACUGAUGACACAACUGUUAAAAACAAGGAUGAGUGUGGGAGUGAAGAAGAUGAUGAAAGUUGUUGGAGAUUUCAUUGGCAGAGAGAAAGUGGAGAAAGCGGUAUGGGAAGUGAUGGUUGGGGAAGAGAGGAGAAUACAUGCAAAGGAGUUAGUGAAAAUUGGGAAAGACGCGGUGAAAGGAGGAUCUUCAGAUGUAGUGUUGAAUAG